GGAUGUAAGAGUUUGUAAAGUAAAAAAUUUUCACCGUGGUUCGACACAGCUUAAUGUCUGAGGAGAGAAUCAAGAAGUAAAAUCCACUCAGAUGGCCUCCACAUUGUGGGAUCACCUCCCAAUGUUGGUGGGCAAUGAUACUGAACUUAAAGACAACAGCAGCUGUUUCAGUUCCACACAGAGCACUGUACUGAAGGGUGUAAAUUUUGGUGGAGUGCCCAUAGUUCUGCUUCUUGACUUCAUAGUCUUCCUGGUGCUGCUGUUGAUUUUCACUCUGAUCCGAAGGAAACUGUGGGAUUAUGGGAGGCUUGCGCUAGUUGCAGAGACCGAAGGGUUCAGCACAGCCAAAAACCGACGCUACAGCAGAAUGACGUCACAGAUGAGCACAGAUGAGCCAGAGUACGAGAGGGGUUGUUGUUCUUGGCUCUCCUUCAUCUUCAGAAUGGAUGAAACUAUGAUCAAGGAGAGAUGUGGUGUGGAUGCGAUACAUUAUCUGUCAUUUCAGAGGCACCUGAUAUUUCUGCUGUGUGUCAUCUGUGUACUGUCUGUAGCCAUCAUCCUCCCAGUCAAUCUGAGUGGUGAACUGCUGGGCAAUAAUCCAUACAGUUUUGGCAGAACCACCAUUGCGAAUCUUCAGAAAGGUGAUAAUCUGCUUUGGCUACACACAGUGUUUGCUGUUCUGUAUCUCAUACUCACGGUGGCAGUCCUGAAACGCCAUACAUCUAAAAUGAAAGGGAGUAAAAAAGAAAAUGCUAGAAAUACUCUGUUUCUGAGAUCUGUUCCCAACGAAGCCAGUGAUGAGAGUAUAAAAACUCACUUUGUGGAAGCGUACCCUUCCUGUCAAGUGACUAGUGUUAACUUGUGCUAUGAUGUUGCCAAACUGAUUGAACUGGCCAGAAAUAGAAAGCAUGCAGAAAAAAACCUGCAACAUUACAAUAAGAUCCUGGAGCGGUACGGGCGGCGUGAGGUCAUCAACCCGCGACCCUGCAGCCACCUGUGUUGCUGUUGCCAUUGUCAGAGUUGUGAAAAUGUUGACGCUAUAGAUUACUACAGCUCACAGGAAGCUGCUCUGGUGGAGGAGAUCAAUAGACUCAAGGAAAAUGAACAACUGUCUUCUCUGGGCAUGGCCUUUGUUUCCCUACAGACUGAAUAUAUGGCCUCUUAUAUUCUAAAAGAUUUUAAUGCGCUGGAUUGUGGAGGCGGUGCUGGGGGUGUGGUGGGAGAAGAAAUGGGUGGAGUAAUUACAUGUGGGUGUGGGCGGGAGCCUCAGCCAUCCUCUAAAAGCACAGAGCUGAGGGUGCGAAGAUGGAAAGUGAGGUACGCCCCUCAUCUAUACAACAUCUACUGGGAGAAUUUGUCCAUACGGGGUUGGAAAUGGUGGGUGCGUUGCCUGCUGCUAAAUAGCUUUCUCUUUAUCAUCCUCCUCUUCCUCACGACUCCCUCCAUCAUUAUCAGCACCAUGGACAAGUUUAACGUUACCAAGCCCAUUGCCUCCCUGAAUAAUGCCAUUAUCAGCCAGUUCUUCCCAACCCUUCUUCUGUGGACCUUCUCUUCCCUGUUGCCUACGGUAGUUUAUUACUCUACUUUAUGGGAAGCCCACUGGACCAGAUCCAGUGAGAACAUGAGCAUGCUGUACAAACUUUACACCUUUUUGAUCUUCAUGGUGUUGAUUUUGCCAUCACUCGGUCUUUCCAGUCUGGACGUGUUUCUUCGCUCGGUUUUUGACCCAAAGGGGAGUUUAAGGUUGGAGUGUGUGUUUUUACCCGAUCAGGGGUCUUUCUUUGUGAAUUACGUGAUCGCCGCAGCGCUGGUGGGCUCUGGGAUGGAGCUGCUGCGUUUGCCAGGAUUACUGCUAUACAUUGUGCGCCUGGCACUUGCGAAUUCAGCUGCCGAGAGGAAAUACGUUAAACAGCAUCAGGCUUACGAGUUUCAGUACGGAGCCGUGUACGGAUGGAUGCUGUGUGUGUUCACUGUCAUCAUGGCCUACAGCAUCACUUGUCCUGUCAUCGUCCCUUUUGGUUUGCUGUAUCUCUUACUCAAACACCUGGUGGACAAACACAACCUGUACUUUGCUUACUUGCCGGCCUGCCUUGAUCGGAAAGUUCAUCUGGGAGCUGUCAAUCAAGCGUUGGCUGCACCAAUCAUAUGCUUGUUCUGGCUUUACUUCUUCUCUGUGCUUCGGCAAGGGUUCAUGGCAGUCACAUCUUUGUUUACAUUAGUGGUUUUGAGCUUGACCAUCUUUAUCUGUAUAAGUUACACCUGCUUCGGACACUUCAAAUAUCUCAGCCCUCACAACUACAAUGUUAAGGAGGAAGAUGAAAAUGCUACAGAGAGCUCAUCUUCAUUGGUUUAUCUACCCAAAGUUCUAAACCCAGACUCAUCGUCACAUGCCCCCGAAAGGUGCAGCACACACCAGUCAUACGGGACGACAGAUAUAAACCCGUCCAUCCUCAGCACUGAGGAAGACUCUCCUAACUUAAAUACCUAAUGAAAUCACUAAACACAACCAAUCAGAGGCCAUCAAUCCACAUCUGCCAACCUCCACAACUGCUCUCCUACCUCAAGAAAAUGACCAAAAUGACUGGAAGGUGCAGUUUUUUUUGGCUAGUUGUGGGAAUAUAUAUAUGGUAUAUUAUCAAACACAGAUGGGAAGUCUUGCGAAACAAAUCAGACACAAAAGAUUUUACAUUAGAUUAUUUUUGUUAAUGAUCCUAAAUAAUUUAACACAGAAAACGCUGAUGUUAAUUUCCUUACAAAAGCGGCAUUACCAAUGAGUACAAGGUAGGUCUAGUGUGUAAAAGUGCACGUGAACUCCCAGGUGUCUUGUUACAAUUUAUUCGACGUUAUAACUGUAAGUAAGUGUAAAACUAAAUGUGUGUGCUUCUGAGAGAACUCGCAUACAGGUUAUGCAUAAAAAUGUAAUUGUUUUAAAUCAAAGUUUUAUUCAAAUAUGUUUAUAUUGACUGAGAAAUUAAAAACAUUUCAUAGGAUUGUUGUGUGUCUACUUGUACAGUACAGCUAUCUGUAUGGCCAUCUGAGUGAGGACAAAUACAGUAAAGUGAAGACCAGCCAAUAUGUCCUCACUUUACUCUCUUUGUCCUCCCUCCGAUACUCUUACAGAUAACUGUACGGCCCCUUUAAAGGGCUCUUUGGGGGUACGACUUGGGUUUAGGUUUGGAUUUUGAAUUGUGUUAGGGUUGGGUUAAGAAUUAGGGUUAGGACUUGUUUGAGAGAGCGAAUAUUGAAUUGAAUGAUAAGUUGCUGUUUAAAGCUCAUCAUCAGUAGGUGGCACUGUUGCUUUCUGAACUGCUGGGAAAAGCCUUUAAUUCUGUCAUAUGGGACUAGUGAAAUAUAUUUCUCUUCUCAUUACUGUAAGAAAUUCAACAGUUAUGCAAUGUAAAGUAUUGUAAGUGAAAAUAUCAAUGUCUGGUUUUUGUCUAUGUAAAGAGAAGAAAGUGUUUUAUGUAAUUUUUGAUAUGUUCUUUAUAUGAAAAAGGAAUUAUAAUCUAUGACUGGUUAGAUGUUUCAUAGACCAUACAGUGAGUCUAUUGUCUUUAACAUCCUAAUAAUGGAUGAAUGAAAAUCACAGAUUUCGUGUGACUCCAGGACAGUGCAAAAUCUUCUUGUUUCUGCAGUUACCCAUUACAAACUCCAGAAUCAAGGGUUUAAAGUCUUUUAAGAACAGAAACCGAUCUGAUAAUGAUACCAUGGGACUACUUGGUACUCAUCAGCUGGUUUACUUAAAUUUUUUUUUUGCACAAGAUUUUUUGGUGCAUUUUUACUGUAACCUAAAUGCCAAAAACCAAAUGCUUACCAUGUAAAUGAAUAUAAAGCAUACAUACAUUUUUAUUCUGUGAAAUUCAAUGUUUGCACCUCUAUAAACCUUCAGGUUAAAUCAUUUUUUAAAUCUGUUUUUGAUUUACUUUCACCUGCAUUCAACUUACAGUUUUGUGCAUAUGAGUUUUAUAAAAUGCUUUUAUAUUUUCUGAAACAAAUGAAAGUGAAAUUUGUCAAUCAAUUAUAAACUCGAGAUUUAUUUCCAGAGACAAUUUCUAGAUUCUUAUGGGUAAUUGUUAAGAUUGACAGCUGCCCUGUCAGGAAAAAAGGUCAAAAUGGUCCCAAACUGUACCAUUUAAAAAAGUCCUAAUGCGUUUCAUUUAGAUACAGAUAUGUACAGUGUUCGAAUUGAAUGGGGCUGGGGUGGUCCUGGCCCCCUAUCAAGCACAAAAAUUUUAUUAAAAUACUACAUGAAUUUAAAAUGAUUGUGCUAAACUGCCACAGAUCAAUACUGUCUAUUAUUUGUCCAAAUUUUACAAUAAACUUAUCCAAAAGA